CGGGCACUGCGCUCUCGGCAGUCGACCGCCGGAGUUGGAGGAGCGCGGCUCGCUCGCUCGCUCUUCUAUAGCUAUAUAGCCUUCUCUCUCGCUCUGUAUCUCUCCCACGCCAGAGCAGCAGCAGCAGCCGAUCGUUACUCGCGUCCGCCGCCAUCCUAUCUUCGAGGAAGACAGCGAGAGAGAGAGAGAGAGGAAGCUGCUGCUUCGAGAGCAGCGAGAAAGGAAGAGACUCUGCGUGCGCGAGUGUGGACUAGCCGUGCGGACUCCCCGGGGGAGGUCAUUGCUCCGGCGUCGUCUAUAGGAGCUGCUGCCGCUGCGACGUUGUUAUACAGCGCAGUAUACACAGGCAUCGGGGGCAAGAGGGACGACAGUGCGGCCGCGAUCACUGCCCGCUCCGAUGAAGUUCCGGGCGAUCAGCUGACUAGCCGAGCUCCUAGCCGGCCGACCUCGUCGCGUCCAGUGUCUCGAAGACGAGGAGGAGGCUGCUGUCAUCGGGAGACGACGUCCUCCGAGGCUCAGGGGCAGCAUCGCCACCAUCAUGACCUACGGCACGUCAUUUCACAACGGCGACAAGUCCCGGCUCGCCGCCGAGGACGGAUAUCCUAGGCCUUGCAACGCAUCGCCGGAGGAGGGCAUCAGCAACGGCGGCAGUGGACUCGGCGCAAAAUUAAAAUGUCCGGCAUCGAUAUCCCGCCUGAGAGUCGAGAAGAUCGAGGGUGGCCUGAUGGUGGCUGGAGUCGUAGUGGCCGCCAACUGUCAGAUUGCCCUGCCGGCCUUCGGCUUCCUCUUCGUCCUCGUCGGUGCCGUUCUUACCGCCGCGUCUUACCGAGGCCCAGGAGAGGACGAGGACAAGGACUCGUACGCAGCUCGCAUCGCCUUCACGGGCAAUUCUCGGAUCCUCGGGCCCAUCUGCAUCGUCGUGGGCGUCCUUAUGCUGACCCUCGGCGCACUGCUCUGUUCGCUGACGAGACGCGCCAGGAGGCGAGAGCGACGCGUCGGCUUCCACUGUCCUCUCCACGGGGACUUCUAUCCCCUCAGUCCGGCACAAGGUGCCAAGCUCAUAGGUAAGAACGUGAACGGCUGGACGAAGAUCCCGUGCUUCCGUAGCCGAACGACCUCGACGCAGGCAGUCAACGGCGCCAACGUCAAGUUCGGCUCGCGCAUAGGCCCACCCCAGUGCCCGCACUCGGUCCUCAGCAGUACGCGCAGUUCCGUCAGCAGCUCACCCCUGAGCCCAUGCCCGACGCCGAUGCCCUUCCUCGUCACCUCCGGCUCCAUGAGCAGCGGAAUGGUGCAAAUAAGCGCCGGCGCUAAUCUAUCGCCCGACCAGACCUUCGGAUCCAUAAGAUCGCUCUCGGUCACGAGGGAAGUCGCGAGCUUUCCGCUCUCGCGGACGCCUACCCCACCGCCUCAGCACAGGCCGAGUCUCCAGCCGGUAAACAGCAACGACGAGCAGAACCCCUCGGCGGUGGUGUCAAUCGCUUCGGACAGUCCGAAGCGCGAAGCACUGCAGCCUGUGAUCCCAGCCAUCGCCAGCAGCAGUCCCCGACCGGAGAUUCGCGUACUGGCGCCGUCCCACCGGGACGACGCGGCUCCCCGCAAGUCUGUCAGUAUCGUACUGCCGGACGAGCCGGUCGGAUGACGAGUAAACGCACCGCAUCAGGGACACCUGCUGCUUCGCUGCGGUGACGAGAGCGUACGCGCUUGAAGUGACUCCUCGACUGUGUGCCGCGCGGUGCGGCUCAUCUUUAGCUCUCUGGCUUCCACCUCGCGGCGGUGGUAAAUUUUCUUUUCCCGAGAAUACCGUCCGGUAGAACUGAACUGUAGAAACGUUGGCUUUUGUUUCCGGGGUGUCCUGCUGUGCAAGAUCGAGACUCAAGGUGGAAGUGCAGAGAACUGAAAAUGCAGGUAUCAUGCACGCACACGCGCGCGUGCGGGGACUCGAUAUCCAUGUCAAAUCAAAAGUUCGAGAGCCUAAUCUGUACGGGAACUUUCUUCUUCGGAUAUUCUUUGCAUUGUAGUCGUGAGACCUUCGUUCUCUCGCGAGAGACAGCUGCGCAGAGUUGUUAACCUUUUGCAUUGGUUAUUCCGUUCGUACUUGUUCAGUAUGAUGAUACCGAGGCGGCCUCUGGCGAGGGAACGAAACGCGCCAAGGGACUUUUUUUAAACCGAAUUUACGCAGGGAGAUGCGCGCGCGCUAGUGCUCGAGGAACACGACAAUCGUAGUGACGCUCAACGUAUACGCCAAGUGCUGCGCGCGAAGAGUCCAUAUGGAUGUAUGUGUGGCGCGGCGCGGCGACACGACUAAAUGGGCCUUUAAACGAACUUUUAUUAAUUCUUAAGAAUCCUAGUCUUGUAUAUAUAAAUAUAUGAAACAAAAAAUAGGGGCGUUCUCGCACCGUGAUCGGCGUGCGAGGACGGUGUCACGCAGAGAGCGACGGGGAAGAAAUUCUGUAUCCUUCUUAGUUAUUCCGUUGUUGUUCACGAAUUCACGUUGACUAGGCGUAGUUGUUUUGAUGAAAUUAGAUGAUCUUAGGCGAAUUCCACUUACUAUGGUUUGUAAAAUAGUACAGAAUUUCUGCCGUGUCGCGACGUUGAAACAAGAGCGAAACGAACGAGACUACACGACGAAUCUCUCGUCGACUUUACGCGUCAUCCCUUAUUUUUACCAUGUAAGUCGGACAAUACGUUGUAUUAAUUCUAAUCUAACUAUGUAUAAUUACGUUCUCAUAGUCGAUCCCGAGUAAAAAUCUCAUUUUCACAGCAGCUUUCGAUAAUUUUUAGAAGCUUUUCGAGACACGUCGAAUGGGAUGUAGGAAAGAGCACAUUGUGCGUGCACGGAGAACCCGCGUGUGUUUCUGAUAUUCUACAGACGUGAAUGUCGCGUCGCGCGACCUUUAUAGAGGAGCGAUGAGGAAAAAAAUGCCGACGCGUAAGUUUACUCUCUCGAAGCUCGCCAACAUCCAAAUGCGGAUUUUCGCGCGACUACUGGUGUGCCAAAACGCUGUUAUACUCGAUGUGCGGCGCGAAAUCACGUUGCAGACGCGUUCGCGCGAUCAAUUCUCUCGAGCUGGCGGGGAUAUGCCAUUACGUAUAGAUUGGCCGAGAUUUUGAUUCUCCUUGUUUUUAAAAAUUCGAGAUAUAAACACUAUCCCUGUUUCUCGGCGUAAAAUGCGAGUGAUCGGUGGCGGCUGGAAAAAAUUAAACGAUUGCCAAAUGAGUAGAGACUUACAAUUGAACGUAAACUUACUCGACGUCGGAUAAUCGAAAUUUAAGUAGGUAAUUGAAAAUUUUAGGCAAAUAUGUAUAAUUAUUAAUUAUUAGUAACUGUAUAAUUGGCAUGUAUCAAUCGUACAGUCAAGUUUUAAAUGUAACUGUACAGAGAUGGAAAACGAUCAAUUAGUCCAUGGUUUAAGAUUUAUCGGUAUCUUAUGAAGAUUCAAAAGGUUUACUUGUUUUGCUUAAUUCGUAAAGACUAAGUAGAAUGAACAGUUAGGAAUUGACAGACCUUUUUCAAGAUUUCUUUCUUAAAUCUUAUAGCUACAAAGUUCACUAUUUUUCAAAAAAUAAAAUACUCGCAAAGCUUUCGUCUAAUUUCGAAGCAUCGAUCUUAGAUCUAGAGGCAGAGAUAUUUAAAGUAACAUGUCCGAUUUCAUGCAACUUCAAAGAAUACUAAUACACAAUUAAAAAUCUGUCAACAUAUACACACGACGUUUAAACUAUUCAUUUCACAAUACACGAGUGUGCGCCACAGCGCGAAUGAGAGAUAACGUCCAAUUCAAUAAAUUAGACAUACAGAACUGCCCGAGCAUAGAUUUUGUUUCUUUUAUAUUAGAAGAAUGAAGUACGAAAAUAGAGGACCCAAAAUUUUAAUAUAAACGUUAACGAGAAAAAGCGACAAAAAAAGUACAAGAUUUUUCGCGAUACAGCACAUUCCUGUAGGUUCUCAGCGUCUGAGUCUCACUGCAAAACAUACACCACGUAAUUAUUCUAGUAAUUUAUCGCGUAAUUUAUCUAGUAAGUUCCCGAAGGCCUCGAUCUACAAAGCCGAGAGCGAAAUCUCUGUGCGAGCCGUCGACUGUUGCUCCCGAGUUGGAAAAAAAGGCUGCCGGUAAAGGCUUUACGAAACCAUUGUACUGAGAAAGAUCGCACAAUUUAUAUAUACGAAUGAACCGGUCGGAGAGAGCAGAUCAAUGUUUCUUUGUGCAUCUCUGCGGGAGCGUCCAAAUUACAAAUGUCAAUCUCAACUAUCAAGCAACUUUUUGACGAGCGUUCAAUGUAGCCUAAUGUCUACACACGCGGAAACAAUCAAUCAUUUACAUAAACCAUGCCUUGCUUCGUUGACUGCAAAUGCACGCUUUUACCGAGCAGCACCAGGGAUCGAGAGAACAGUCGAUUGGCCGCGUACCGAUUAUCAUGUACGCCCUCGGCGUGAAACGGCCUUCGAGGGCCACCCUAAAGUUUUCUUUGCGAAAAUGUGAUAGUAAGAUUAACAAAAAGAAAAGAAGAAGAACCUCGGUUAGCUCGGAACUCGUUUUUUAAAACAAAAAUUAAGAUUAAUGAAUAUGUGAACAUGUACACAUCUAUCGAUGACCACGCGUUUGCGCGUUCACGUAAUGGCCGGCGCGUGCAUUAUUAUAUCUUCUAACGAUUAUGAAUUUAAAUAUAUAGCUGUGUUAUCGAUCGCCCACGAAUAUUAUAAAGGAGACGAAAAACGUGUAAGCGCGCAAUCCAAGCAUCGAAAAAAACGACCGACCUUUUCUUUUCUUUUUUUUUUUAUGCUGCUGACUUGUAUGAGUUUUACAGGCCUUUUGGACGACGCGUCGUCCUUCUGAUAACGACCGAGUGAAUAAUCCGAAAAAUAACAUUAAAAUUGCUUCUAUAUCACGUACUUUUCGAAACUAUAGGACGGAUCGUCGGUUGUACAAGUGCUCGUACAGAACGAUCAACAGAACAAAAAAAAUGUCGAGAUUUGCUACACUGAAAAAUUUUUUAAAAACAAUCGAUCGAUGUUGUGCUACUUUUUUAAAAAGUCAGUCGUACGUAAUUAAAUAAUUAAUUGUGUAUACACGAUAAGAAUUUAAAGGAUAAAGAUUACAAAACAAUUUAAACAGUCUAGCUCGUAAGAAUACUGUUAAAGCGAAAAUAAUUGCUGCUUCCGUAUACGGGGAAGAUUUUUCAGUGUGCAUAUAACUUCGUAGGAGAUACCUUGCAAACGUUCACACAUUAUUAUUAUUAUUAUUAUCAUUAUUAUCAUCAUUAUUAUUACACGAUAAUCUUGUAAUUUAUUAUUUUUACAACAGCGAAAAAGAUAAAUAAAAAUAGUUUGUGAUAUUAGUAAUAAAUAUAUAAUAUUAGUUUGAGAUUUUGUCCAUCAGUGAUAAUAUAAAUGAAAUGAAAACAUCUGUUUUUGUAUAUCUACGUUACAAUUAUAUUCAGAGGAAAAUGUUUUAAAAAUUAUAUAUCAAGGCGAUGCAUGAUAAUGCAUUUUAUAAUAUUACGAUGUUAUGGAUAUUCCAAUGUAGCGUAUUAUUAUUCGCAGAAUAUACAUCACGCGCAUAUACAUUUAUGAAUAUCUAAAAAGUGAAGGCUUUUAUCUCUAUAUAGUUUGCGAACCGAAUAUACGAAGAGCUAAUCAUUUUUAAAACAUUUUUUCCACCGCCGUUCAUUUAAUGGACUCUUAUAUACAUUUAAGCGCAUAUAUCGUCUCUAUUCAAAGCUUUAACUAUUUUCUUUUACUUAUUGCGUUUAAUAAAGCAAUAUCUUUUUACUUUGUUGGUGCAUACAUAUAUUAUACUCAUAUAUACAUACCGUUUAUCAUUUAUUCCUUUACUCCUUAUGCGCUUUUGAAAAGCCGACGUAUCGCUCGGCUUUUACGAUGAAUUUUUUACCUACGUAUAAUGAAUAUAUCUAUAUCAAAGCUCAUCAUCUCUCAUUAUUAGCCAUAAAACAUGCAAGAUUAUGAAUAAAUAAUUAAAUGAAAGAAAACCCGCUUCGAUUAUAACGUAUGUAUAUUCGAACCUAACACUAUAUACGAAAUUUCCAAUUGCGAUAAACAUUGAGCAUUAUACAAAGCUAACGUAUUCAAUCAUAAGCUAAUAAGAUAAAAGAAAAAAUACACACGUGGUAAAUGGACAAAAGAUGUAGAAUUCCGUUGAUUUGAAUCUUCGUUCUCUGGUAUAUUGUGUAUUAAAGUGAAAAACAAUCGUUGCGCUUGUAUUCAGAAAUCGAACUCAAACUGGUAUGUAUCAUUUUGCUUAUUGCCGAAAGAUUAAGUUGAAAGAAAAAUCUGAGAAAAAUUUGGUUUAUCAAAACAAAAAAAAAUAGACUCGACGUUGUGCGACGACAAAACAGUAUUCGUUACACCUAAAAGGAUCUAACGCUAUUGACAAUUCGUACUAUAUUUAUACCAACCUGUAUAUUUUGUCCAUAGAAUAAUAAAACUUUAAUAAAACUGA